AUGCCGAGCUCCAGCUCCUCGUCCUCCGGCGACGAUGACUGUCCAGCUGCUGUGGCCCAGCCCGACUGGCUGACCCAGGAGGACGCUGCUGCCCGCAGCAUGGUCUUCCUGGUGACGUUUGCUGCUGUUCUGAGCGAGACUGCUCUGCAAGCCGAAACUCCUCUGAAAGACUUGGCAGACCUCUCCCGCCUCCAAGUUCGGGAUGCCUUGUUGGACGCAGUCGCGCAUCCUGUGCCGGAGGCGACCCCUCGAGGUGGGCGGCCUCGGAGCAAGGUUUUGGAGGUCGUGAAGCUCGUUGUGUUUCUGGAGGAGCCAAAGCACUUCCAGGCUGCUCUCAAGCUGAACACUCCAACGCGGUUCAUGCCACUCAAACUUUCGCUGCGGCAGCGGUCCGGUUUGGCCUCGCAUUGGAGCACAACGCACAAGCAGUGGUGGAGUGCCUUGCGCUAUGGUGUUUUCACAACGGAGCGGAAGCCUGUUGUUGACCUCCAACCAGUAGCGUGGCUGAAGAGUCUCGGAAGUUUGGAGGCAAUCCAGGUUGGAGACCGUCCGUGCCAAGAGUUUGUUGUUCCUGGUAGGGAUGCAGUUGUCCUUAACCUCUACGAGGAAUCCCAAGAGCCUUGGAGUGCCACCAUGUGGACCAAGCGCCGCCAACAGGCCGAGGCUGCUGCUGCUGGUGCCGAGGCUUCCAGUGGCAAGAAAGCACGAGUCCCCAAGUUCAACCUCUUGGACUUCACGGCUCUGGUUCUGGAGAAACAGCUGCUGACUCCAAGUGCAGUGCUAGCUUACGUGCAGGAGUACGGUUCGCACGCCUGCCAGCUCUUCUGUAUGCGGAACCAGAAGCGGCUUUCUGAACUGAUCGCUGGGGCGGAGCAGUGGCAAGGUGCAAAGCAGCAGCAUGCACUGGAGCAGGAGCUGCUUGCAGCCAGCUUAGCUAACGUGAUCUGCCACGGUCCGAGCAAGACAGCCCGUGUCCCCAUGCUAGCCGGCACGACCAAUGCCGGGAAGAGUAUGAUCUUGGAUCCACUUGUCAACGUCUUCGGCCGAAGCGCAGUGGACUUUUGCCCAGCCCUCGGAGCAUCGAUGGCCCUGAGUUCGCUGGCGACCAACAAAGCUAUCGCUUCAUCUACUGGGACGAGUUCUCUCCUAUAG